CGUCGCGGUCCAACUUACAUUCGACUUUUACUCUUGACCGUGAUGGAAAUUGAUUCAUACCCCGUAGAAAAUACUUCAUUUGUUCAAAAUGAUGAUAGCAAGUAUCCAGGCAACGUUGAUGCUACUGAGCUCCCCUGGGUUGAAAAAUAUCGACCGGUUUUAAUGAAGGACGUAAUAGGAAAUGAAGACGUUGUUAGCAGAUUACAAAUAAUAGCACAAAAAGGAAACAUGCCUAAUAUGCUUUUAUCUGGUCCACCCGGUAUUGGUAAAACGACGAGUAUUCUGUGCUUAGCAAACGAAUUAUUGGGACCUCACGCUAAAGAUGCCGUAUUAGAGCUAAAUGCUUCAGAUGAUAGAGGUAUUGAUGUUAUCAGAAACACGAUUAAAACAUUCGCACAAACUAAAGUUACACUCCCACCUGGUAGACAGAAGAUUGUUAUCCUUGAUGAAGCUGAUAGCAUGACACCUGGUGCUCAACAAGCACUUCGUCGUACUAUGGAAAUUUAUUCCAAUACGACGAGUAAAUUGUCGGACAAAGCAAUAUUGAAGAGGUUGACAGAAAUUUGUAAACUUGAAGGUGUGAAGUAUAAUCCAGAAGGCCUCGAAGCUAUCAUUUUCACCGCUGAAGGGGAUAUGCGUCAGGCUAUCAAUAAUCUUCAAUCAACGUUUACAGGAUUUAGUUUUGUCAAUGCUGAAAACGUUUAUAAGGUUUGCGAUCAACCGCAUCCUGCCGCGGUAACAAAGGUCCUUAAUGAUUGUUAUAAUUACAAGGUGGAUGAAGCGUUGACAGGAUUAACUAAACUUUGGGAAAAAGGUUACAGCGCGAUGGAUAUUAUUACAACAAUGUUUCGUGUAGUGAAAUUUAAUAAUGAAUGGCAAGAGGGACUAAAACUAGAUUUUAUAAAGGAGAUUGGAUUCACUCAUAUGAAAAUUUUAGAAGGCAUUUCUACUCAUCUCCAACUCAUUGGACUUGUGUCACGAUUAU